UACAGGCGAUACCAGUUGUCAAUGAACGUCCAAGCUUUUUGACACAUACGUCCGACGAAAAUAUGUGUUAUUAUUCAUAAAAACACGCAUGAAAAAACGUCGCCAAUAUCUGACACAAAUUCAUCGACUUAGUGCAUUUUUUCUGAAAGCACUUGGGACAUAAUUGCGUGAUGAAACGACGCCGAUGAGCGCGCGGAACACCUUCUGUUGCGUUAGCGCAGGGAAUUGUCCGGGCAUUCCAGCAAGUUGCAAUCAGCGAUUCGCUUGGUACACCAAACUCCUCAAACCUCUCGCUUUCUGCGUCAUUACGUCAAUGCUCGCAAUGUCCGUAUCCCACCUUUGCGAUAAAUAUUCCGCAAGUGCGUCAUUCAAAAUGAUCAAGGCAGACUUGGGGAAUCUCAGAUCUCACUUGGGUACUCUCUCGUUAGAGGUGAAGAACGUAAUGGAGAUGCGUGACGAGCUGAAGAGUAAGUUAAAGGAAGUGGGCAGCGUGAUUCCAAAAAUGUCAGAAGCCAUUCUCAACCUGAGGAACGAAGUGUCCGAGGGUAAGAAAGAGAUGAGCCUGCAUACGAAGAAUUUGCUGAAGGCUCUGUCACCGGAGACCGUCAGAAAUGUGGUGAGAAAUGAGUUGCAGACGUACGACGCCGACAAAACUGGAAGAACGGAUUACGCUCUUGAAAGUUCAGGCGGUGCGAUCCUUUCGACACGAAACACCGAACCUUACUCGACCGGUGCACCUGUGCUCAAUCUGUUCGGCAUACCGCUCUGUCAACAGCAAAACACACCCCGGGCCGUGAUACAGACUGGCGUUUUGCCGGGCGAAUGCUGGGCCUUCAAGGGCAGCAGCGGCAGCGUGGUGAUUCGAUUACUCGGUCGUGUGCACGUGUCCGGAGUUAGCCUCGAACAUAUCUCUUCGUUAAUAUCCCCGACUGGUGAGACUGCCACGGCGCCAAAAGAUUUUUCCGUUUGGGGUUUGAAGGAUCUGGAUGACAAAAAGCCUUUUUCAUUUGGCAGUUUUAUAUACGACAAUACUGGCUCGCCGUUGCAGUACUUUGAGAUCCAGAAACGAGCGAAAGAAGCGUACGAGAUAAUCGAAUUUAAAGUCAACUCUAAUAGUGGUAAUCCGGAGUACACGUGUAUCUACAGAAUACGAGUGCACGGUACACUUAGUGAAACGUGAAUGUAUAACGCGUCAAGUACGUGAAAGUCAUAUUUUUUCUAAAAUAAUAUGUAACUCUAUAUAGUUUCAAAUUCCGUAAAAGUCAAUGUUUCGGUCAAACUUGCAAUGGAGUUCAUAAUAAUAACAGUAAUAACUUUAUAUGACAAUAAUAAAUUAACAUCGUAACUAACAGAUUGACCGGAUGUUUGAUAUCAAAGGAUAUUGACCGCUAUAAUAUUGAUUAGAAUGUGAAUCAGGACAGUGGGUGGUCGCUCAAUAAAAGCAAUAGACCAGUUCAACGUAA